GGAGGAGGAGGAGGAGAGAGAGAGUGCUGGGCUGUGGAUGCGAGCGGGGUAACACAAUACACACUGAGGAGCAGGGGCUGCAAAAAGCAACAUGGAGGCUUGUGCCUGAUGCGGCAGCGGCAUUGUGCUCACCCCUCCCGGGUGCUGGCAGCGGUUGCAUGCUCUUCUUGUGCGCUCCUCUGCCGCCGGGAUCCUUCCAGGAACAUCAAGGGAUAGAGGAAAGGACAUGACCAGCUCGGUGGCGGCGCUUCUCCUCUGUCUGCUGGGCUGCAACGUGUGGAGAGUGGGCACCAAAACCCUGGAGCAGAAUGCAGCAGCUCAAGAGGUGACGUUGAAAGUCCAGGUUAGCGAUGUCAGUACGCACCAGCCCCUCAGCAAUGCGGUCAUAGAGAUAUUCGCCAACCAAGUCUCUGCGGCUACUGGGACCACCGGAUCAGAUGGGACGGCGCUGGUCAAACUCCAGUACAAGUUGGGAAGUCAACUGAUUGUCACAGCCACCAAACACGCCUAUGUGCCAAACUCUGCACCCUGGAGACCCGUCCGGUUACCAGUGUUUUCCUCACUAAGCCUCGGUUUGUUGCCUGAGCGGUCGGCUACCCUAAUGGUCUAUGAUGAUGUCGUCCAGAUAGUCUCAGGAUUUCAAGGGUCACGUCUGCAGCCUCGGGUGCACUUUGCAAGAAGCGCCCUGGACCUUCCAGGAAAUGCUACCUAUAAAGAUCUCAACGCGUUCCUGACUGCCGCCAGCACAUCCUUAGAGGUGGAAAGCUUUCCUUACUUACAAGGGACAGAUGGAAACUCCUCAGGGAACAGCAGCCGCUUUGACCUCACCCCAGUCACUGCCGUCAGUAUCCAUUUAUUUGGCAGUGAUAAAACGGACAUAUUGGUUCAAGGCCCGAUCUAUGUGACUGUCCCUCUGCCGACCCAUAGCAACCUGAAACACAACGCACAUGUGCCCGCCUGGAGGUUUGACCAAAACCAUGGAACGUGGGUAAAGAGUAGUAUUGGAAUCAUCCAGCAGGAAGGACACCAGCUCACCUGGACGUACAUUGCUCCUCAGAUGGGAUAUUGGGUUGCCGCCAUGUCUCCUUCAAACCCAGAUCCUGUGGUUAGACAAGAUAUCACAAGCUACCACACUUUGUUCCUCCUGGCAAUAUUAGGAGGGAUUGUGUUCAUCCUCCUGGUCCUGUUCUGUCUCCUGCUAUAUUACUGUAGGAGGAAAUGCCUAAAGCCACGUCACCACCGGAAGCUUCAUCUUACAUCUGCUUUGGAUUCUUCCAAGAAAGAUCAAGCCACAUCAAUGUCUCACAUCAACUUAAUCAGCCCCAUCCAUCUGGAGAUGAUGUCCUCUAGCGGAGAGGUCGAUAUGCAUACGCCCAUGCUCAAGCCUUCGUAUAAUACCUCGCGGGACUUCAGCUCCAGAGAAGAGCUGCUUUCGCACCAAGACGAGAAGAGCCGAAUGUCUUUGGAUAACCUGACUCCGAGUGGGACUUUGAGACAGGUGUACAAUAAAUCGUUGGAUCAGUUCAUCUUGAAAUCCAGAAAGUCUGUAGACAUCUCAGAUGGUUUUGUGUCCCCCAUGAAAGACGAGUAUCGGCGGAGUUACAACUCUGUGAUCUGUCAGCCUUUAUUUGAAAACAAAGAUCAAUCUGCAAACUAUGUUACAGCAGGAAGUAAGCCAAACAUUCAGGAACAAAGUCAUCCUGUGCCUUCUGCUCCUGAGCAAGAGCAGGUCAUAGACCGACGGCCUAAUGAAUGUAUGAUGUCUAGGUCUGUAGACCACCUCGAAAGACCAACCUCUUUUCCUCGUCCAGGUCAGCUUAUAUGUUACAAUUCUGUCGAUCAGGUAAAUGAUAGUGUUUACAGAAAUGUUUUGCCCACGCUGGUGAUUCCUGCCCAUUACAUGAAGCUGCCAGGAGAACAUCUCAUUGUGUCUUCUGAACAACCCUAUGAACUAGAACGACUUCAGGCUGAACUUUCCAAAUCUCACGCCCAACAUCCGCAGCAGGUACAGGCCUCCCAACUAAACUCCCAAGCGAUGUCACAGCAACAUUUACAAGAUGGAGAAGGCAUGGAUUGGAGCGGACAAAACACUGUGAUGUCCGAAUCGGUUUCAAUCCCAGCUUCGUUGAACGACGCAACCAUUGCUCAGAUUAAUGGUGAAAUGCAGCUGUUGACCGAGAAAGCAUUGAUGGAGCUCGGUGGAGGAAGACCCAUGCCCCAUCCCCGUGCCUGGUUUGUGUCUUUAGAUGGCCGGUCGAACGCACACAUUAGACAUUCAUACAUUGAUCUCCAAAGAGCAGGGAAGAACGGGAGCAAUGAUGCCAGUUUAGACUCUGGAGUUGACAUGAACGAACCAAAAUCUGGUAGGAGAGGAAGAAUUUCGGAAAAAUUUUCCAUGCUGCAUCAUCAUCUGUCUUUGCAGCACCAAACCUUACAGGAGCACCAGCCGAACGAACAGAAGAUGUCAGAUGGCACGGCUUACACACAGAUAGUUUAUCUAGACGAUAUGGACCAAAGUGGUAGUGAAUGUGGAACAGCUGUGUGUAGCCCGGAGGAUAACAGACCUUUCAUUGAGGCACCAGCAAGAAAGAGCUGUGGCCAGCUACCCAGCCUUCAGGAAGAGACUAAGAAACGAACUGAAGACUCCUCACCAGUGCCAUUAGACAGCCCCGACCAUGAUUACUCCAUUCACGACGACGGUUCCGACGACCAAGGAGAGAACAAAAAAAGCCCUUGGCAAAAACGCGAAGAGCGACCUCUUUUGGCCUUCAAUAUGAAAUAAGUCGUUGGGCUACAAAAUGGAGUAGUAAAUUGCCAAAUAUUCUUUCUUUUUGGGAAUGCUUACUUUGUAGGGGGAUGGGAGUGGGGGACUCUUUGUGAAAUCGGACCAGAUCUUCGAUAAAGAUUACGGCUCAUGGAUGGUUUGGGAAAAAAAGAAGCGUGCAUGGAUUUUAUGGACUCUUUUACCGAUAGUGAAGUGUAGCACUAUCCCCCGGCCUUUCUUUUUCUACUGAACUCUUGAGAACGUUGACUGUUCCUCGCUAGGUUCUGACCACUAAUCUCCCUGUGAUGGGAGCAUGUGACGACAAGUUGUAGUUUUGGAAAACCAAUAGCAUCACAAUGUUUACUGUAUAUAUCUGCAUUCUACAGAGGCAAUUUAGACAUUAUUGGAAAAGAAGCUAUGCAUUGCUGCUUUUACACCAAUUGACAUUUUUGCCUAGGUGCCGCCCUUUCUCUUUUUUUUUUUUACAAGGCUGUAAAAUAUAUAUUUCUUUAUCCGUUUUUCAUUUUAACCUGCUUUUAUCUUCUUUUGUAAAGUAUUUCUACACAAAAAAGCUGUGAGCCUAAUCUCUUUUUUGGUAUUAAAAAGUUUUUGCUUUUUUUUUUUUUUUAAACAAAAACUUAACAAAAAAAAGUGCAUUGUACGGUUUGUGUCCAUAGAAUUUGAUCCCUAUUCUCCAAGUGCCUUUUUUUAAGAAGCUUCCCAAAAUGUUUUAAUUUCAUCCCAUUCAAUUUAGAUAAUUUCAUUUUUUAGGAUUUUUUUUAUUAAAAAAAAAGUUUUCUUGCAUGCACCAAAUGCCACCUCUGCCCAUUCCCUCCAUAUCCGUAUGAUGUAUGCUCUAAAUAUCAUUGUGUACCAUAGAGAUCAACGUAGCUGAAACCUAGAAGACAUCUAGAACCCCCACUUAGCUUAUUUAUGUAAAUAUGGUUUUUUUUUGGUUAAUUUUUUUGGAGUCGAUUUGACUGCCCCCCUGUUGACUUGGUGGGCGGAGAAUGUAUGAAACUUAACUCUUUAACAUUCUGAAUUGCUGGAAUGACUUUUUCUGUGCAUUCUCUUUAAAUGAACUGCUUGGUUAUACAAGAAUUAUUAAAAUAAUACCGUUGA